AUGACUUUUUUCCAGAAUUACAAAAAUCUGAAAAGUAGAAUACUGGACUUUUUUGAAUCAUCUGUGAACCAACGCCUCAGUUGGUAG